CUUAGCGGUGUGUGCGCGUAGGCGCUCGUGUGCUUCUACCCUAGCACGGUUCAAAAUUAAAGUGCUACAAGUGAAAUUUUGUCAUCAAGUUAUUACAAAAGAUUACCAGUCUAUAGAACCCGGAUCGUGCUGUGCGUAACAAUAACACAGGGAAGAGGAAAUAAAAAUUCUGCGCGAUGGACGCCAGUAUUCUAGCAGCCAUGGACAAAGAGGCACUGAAAAAGCAGAUCGAGAACAUGAAGUACCAAGCUUCUAUGGAACGCUGGCCGCUAUCUAAAAGCAUUGCUGCAAUGCGGGAAUAUGUGGAGGAGAAUGAAAAAAACGACCCACUCAUACAUGCCCCUGACAAGAAAAACAACCCUUGGGCUGAAAAAGGAAAAUGCAUCAUUAUGUAAUCAUUUAACUAUUAAGUAAAUAUAAAAAAAAUAUCACCGAAAAUUUUAAAAAGACACAGUUUGGCGAACGAAAAAAGAGUCUGGUCGAAUAACUUCAUACCGUAGAUUGAUGCUCAAUAAAGAAGAAAUUAGUUGGACAUUAAAAUUGGGAAUAAAUAAGAAAGUAACCGAAUAUAUCAUGAAACUGCCAGACAAUAUGAAAGGUAAUAGAGACGUAGUUAACAUGUCCAUGCGAAAAGUUGACGUAGAAAAGCCAAAAGUUAAUUUCAUAGAUUUCUUUCAUUAUAUUUAAUUUACGUUCAACAUUAAUCUAGUCUUUUUAUUUCUAUCUAUUGUAAUGAAUGUACAUUUUGAUUGUUGCGAGACGCAAGAAUGUACUUAUGGGUGUUAUGUUGAAAUAUUAAAAAAAAUGGUUGUAAAUACGUUAAAAUUUUGUAUUUCUAGUACCUAGAAUGUUUGAUAAUGAGUCUACAGUAGCACUCAAAGGCGCAAGCCAUGUUGAAAGAUGAAAAUUAAAUGUUACCCACUGACAUAUUGUCACAACUGACUUAAUUUUAUCUCAGUUAUUUAUAAAGAGUUUAUUUUCAAUAUUAUUUAGAAGCGGUUGAUUCAAAAAUAACGGGAGACUCACUUUGUUUUUAUUAUUUUAUUUAAAAACUGAUGAAUCCAUUUCGGUCUCAUACAUAAUGCAACUUCCUCUUCGAUAAAUGUAUGGACUUGCAUUGGAUUCUCAAAUAAACCAAACGAAAUAAGGGCCUAUCAAGCUCUUGUUUCGUUUAGUUUAAAAUAAAUAUAUUUUAUUAAUUUUAAUACUUCGAGUAAAAGCUUCGCCACCGUUUUAGCAUUUAAAAAAAGAAUUGAAUAUAAAGUUUCAUUGAGCUCAUGAAUCUUUGUAUUUAAAAAUUAAUAUUAACUUUUAAAAUAUAGGGUUAAUCGCAGAUCACAACUUAACAAUUAUACGUCGAAUCACAGAAUAAUGAAGUCACUAAGGAAUUAAUAUAUUGGCAAUAAAGGAAUCGUAAUAUAAGGAAACGUAGGAAAGUAAUACGAAAGAUAUCGUUAAAUGUAGACCAGAGGUAAUAAAUUAAAAUGAUUAAAAUCAUUAAAAUGCGUCAUCUUCGAACGCAAAAUAAUUUUAAGCUGAAAUAGGAUACGUUUUUUUAUAAAUAAACAGGUACAUUCUGCAGUGCCAUUAUCUAGGAAUGCUUCUAUUGAAUAAUUAAAUUAGCUAUCUUCUAUGCUCCACUUUAGUCUAUCAUAUUGAAACAUACAUCAUUCAUUAACUAUCCUUUUCAUUAUAAAAUAUUUUACCUUUUUAUUUAUCUAUUCUCUCAUGCAGUUCUUUUCAUCGAUUUAUUCCAUUCAG